AUGGAGAUGAAGGCGAAAAAGAAGAAAGAGAUGAAGCUAAAGCUGAAGAUGAAGAUGAAAAUGAAAAUGAAGUUGAAACUGAAGAUGGAAACGAUGAUGGUGAUGAAGUUGAAGUUGAAGCUGAAGAUGAAGAUGCAGACGAAGGUGCACACGAAUAAGAAGAUGAACAUUGUGAAGCCUGAGUCAAACAAGUGCCCCACUCCUGGGUGCAUCGGUCUCGGGCACGUCACGGGACUCUACUCCCAUCACCGCAGCCUUUCCGGAUGUCCACGGCGCGAUAAGGUGUCGUCUGAGUUGCUCGCCCUCCACGAGACCAUUCUUAAAUGCCCCACGCCGGGCUGUAACGGGCGGGGGCACGUCAGCACCGGGCGCAACUCGCACCGCAGUCUCUCCGGAUGCCCGAAGGCGGCCGCCAGCAAGGCCGCGGCUCGGGAGCUCAAGUACCAGAAUGGUCUACUGUUUCGCCAGAAGCUUCACACCGCCGUUAUAAAAUAUCAGCAACUCAGUGACUGUCGGAGCGCCGCGCUGGUGGCAACUGGCAACGCAGCAGACAACGCACCCAACGGCACCAGCAGUAGUACGGCACCGGCCGGUGACACGAUGCUCGAGAGUGCGUACGGGCGGGACCAGGAGCUGGUCCGGUACGCCCAGAUGGACGACAUACGGCCGCACCACCACCACCACCACCACCACCACCAUCAGUAUACGAGCGUGGCGCACUACGACGCACCACCGGGCCAGGGUCCAUCCGGAACGGGGGGCUGGUCGUACGAUCCGGGCGCGUUCGAGCGCUACGACAUGGCGACCGGGUAUGGCGUGCAGAAGGGGGGCACCGUCUACGGAGCGUACGCGCCACUCGACGACUACUCCGUCCUGCCCGGCGGCGGCCUGCAGGGCAACCACGGGGGUGCAGGGCAAUCUGGGCUGCUAAUGCCACCGGCCGCCGUCCCGGCCCUGCUCAAGAUGGAGCUACCGGACGAUGGAGCUGCCAAUGGCGGCGGGACCCCGCUGUACCCGCGGCACGUCUACCACUACGAUCCGAGCUCCGGGUGUUCCGGCGCUCAGGUCAGCCCGGCAUCAUCCGUGUCCGUCGCGUCAGCGCCCACCACCAACUCCGGGUCGGGCUUCUCCGCCAUCAACCUGAGCGUCAAGGUUGCGACACCGAGCGGCAACCUAGGAUCGCCCCCGGCAUCAUCCGGUGAGGGUGCGGGCGAAACAUCGGCGGAAGCGCACCAUACCUCCUCGCCGAACCUCACCGGUGUGUCCUCGUCGUCCCCGCACACGGCGAGCCCCCCGGGGCACACGCUGGACUUGAGCGUUAGCCGGCUGCCCAACACGACGACAGCCACCGGCGGCAGCCCGGCUCAGUACCAGACGGAAACGGAGACGGCGGCAGUGGCAGUGGCCUCCAACAACGUCCGCUCGCCCCCGGCCGAACCAGUCGACUUCAGUGGACCGGCGUCGUCCGGAGCCGGCGGCCGGUCCGGCGGGCUCGGCUUCGGCUUCAUGGGACCGCCUGGGGCCACCCAGCAGCAACCCGGCUACAGCCGCGAGUCCACGCCCGACAGUGCCGCCUCGCACUACCUGGAGGGCUACCGAGAUCAGCACAGUGGGUACAGUCCGCAUCCUGGCUACGGUAUGGUGGAGUACGCGAACGGCUACCCCGGUUACGGCACCAACUACCAGGCGUGCCCCCCGUUCGGUGCCUCGCUCGGCCGGUACGGUGUGACCGUCCCGACCGGGUACACGCCAACCGGUGGUGCCUGCUACGCCAUGCCGCCACCAUCGCACAUUCCUGCGUCCCACGACAAGCUCUUGAAGGACGGCCUCACCGGACUGGCGCGUACUGAUAGGCAGUACCACCACCAUCACCACGCCAACACCCAGGAGCUGAAGUGUCCAACGCCUGGGUGCGACGGGUCCGGGCACGCCACCGGCAACUACUCGUCCCACCGCAGCCUGUCCGGGUGUCCGCGAGCUACCAAGCCGAAGAACAAACCACGCGACGGCCAAGAGUCGGAACCGCUCAGAUGUCCCAUUCCAGGUUGCGAUGGAUCGGGCCAUUCGACGGGCAAGUUUCUGUCACAUCGCAGCGCCUCCGGAUGCCCGAUCGCCAACCGGAAUCGGAUACGGGUCAUGGACACGGCCCACGGGCACGGCGGUCAGGGGGGUGUCGAAUCGCUGAGUUCCCACCACCCGAAGCUAAAUGCAGCGGCCAGCGACCAGUGGUCGGUCAGCCAGGACCUACCAAUCAAGAAGACCAAGUACUCGGACGACCAUCCGAUGAUCGUGGCGUCUGGUUAUGGCAAACCAUACUCCUCCAUGGCAGAUAUGCUGGUGUCGGCAGAACGGGACGCGUCGGGCAACAGGAGCACCAGCGCCAGCAGCACCAGCGUCGCUAGUAGGUCGCAGGACUCGCACCUGGUGGUUUCCACGCUCAGCACCCAUUCGCCCACCGCCGAUGCACCCCAUCCGAACGACGGUGCUGGCGUCUGUGGAGGGCCUGUUAACGGCGGCGGCGGCGGCGGCGCCAGCACCGGCGAAGAUCUGCUGUCGCUGGAGGCCGAGAUCUCCGAGUUGCAGCGGGAGAACGCCCGUGUCGAGUCGCAGAUGCUGCGGCUGAAGACCGACAUCAGUGCGAUGGAGUCGCAUCUUGGUAACACCGACCGGGAAAGUGAGGCAAACUCGGACCUUCGUGGUAACCACGUAGCAGGCUACUACGACCAUCUGCGCAACAACGUGAUCACCUUGCUCGAGAAUGUCAAAAUCCCGCCCAUCCCCGCCCGCACCUCGUCUGGUCUGCAUCUGGACGGGUGCUGCGGCCCGCUGCUCCCCGACGGCAGUGGGACCGCGCGGGCGCCCUCUGGUGGCGAGGAUCCGAGGCACCUAACACUGGGCGCACCGGACAAAGGGCAGUCCUCGCCGGCCCAGCCAGGCCCCAGCCCUGUACCACCGACGGCCACCGGCGCCCACCAGCGGGGCCCACCAGUCACGGACGAGGGCACCGGCGGGCACCAGUUUGACAACUACCUGUCAAAGCUGCAAUCGCUGUGCUCGUCGCAGCCGGCCGUCGAUGUCGAACUGCAGCACCUCACCCCUCACCAGCAGCUCACCCAGCACCCACAGCAUCUCAAUCCGCACCCCAACCAGCAGCAUCACAACGCGCAGCAUCACCCGGAAGGGCACGCGCCACCACCUUCCCUACCGUCCAUAGCUCUGCCACCGGUACCACCGCCGCUGUUGUCCUCGGCAUUGCACCACCACUACCAACCGCAGCCAGCGCCACCGUCGGCAGCAUCGCUAGCGCCACCGCCGGCACCCCCGCCAGUGCCACCAUCGGCGCCGCCACCGCCAUCGGCACAUCUGAACCUGUACGAUGUGGCCGGCUCGAUGUACGCCAAUCUCGGUCCGACCCCGGACGUCCGCUCACUCUACGACUCCAUGAAGCUGUCCGGUGUGGGCCCCGUCGACAGCAACUUUGGUGCACCUCUAUCCACACCGAUCUAG